AUGAGAACUACACCAUUGCUGGUCUUAUUGCGCCUCAGUAGUCUUGCUGGUGUGAUCCAGUACGCUGGGGUUGCAGCAGAGUACAAUGGUGCUCCUUUCCCUGAGGUGGAGGGUGGACUGAGAGCCAGUUUUCCGAAUGGCUUUGUGUUCGGAACGGCGACGUCUGCUUAUCAAGUUGAAGGCAUGGCCAACAAGGAAGGUCGUGGACCAAGUAUCUGGGACACCUUCGUUAAAAUCCCAGGUAACACUAUUUUUCAGUGCCAUUUUCUUUUUCCCUUGGCGAAAACACAAAAAGGAACAAUUGGUAUACUGCUGGAUUUUCUUUGGUAUGAGCCUCUUACCAGAUCAAAGGCUGAUAGAUAUGCAGCUCAAAGGGCGAUAGACUUUCAUUUCGGAUGGUUCAUUCAUCCGAUCGUAUACGGGGAGUAUCCGAAAACAAUGCAAAAUAUUGUUGGCAGUAGGCUACCUAAGUUUACCAAGGAGGAGGUUGAAAUGGUGAAGGGCUCAGUGGACUUUGUAGGCAUCAACCAAUACACUACUUUCUAUAUAUAUAAUCCACAUCCAAAUAAAACAAAACCAAACGCCUUUGGAUACCAAAAUGACUGGAAAGCAGGAUUUGCUUACGAGAAGAAUGGAGUGCCUAUUGGUCCUAGGGCAUAUUCGUAUUGGCUCUACCAAGUGCCAUGGGGUUUAUACAAGUGUAUAGCGUAUAUAAAAGACCAUUAUGGGAACCCACCUGUGAUUUUAUCUGAAAACGGCAUGGAUAACCCUGGAAACCAGACACUUACAAAGGCACUACACGAUGCCAAUAGGAUCAACUACUACAGAAACUAUAUAGAGCAACUAAAGAAGGCAGUUGAUGAGGGAGCCAGUGUGGUUGGCUAUUUUGCUUGGUCAUUGCUCGACAACUUCGAAUGGAAAUUGGGUUACACUUCAAGGUUUGGCUUAGUUUACGUUGACUUCACCACCCUCAAGAGAUACCCAAAGAUGUCUGCCUUCUGGUUCAAGAAACUUCUUACCAAAAAGAAGCAUUAGAUCGAUAUGAGUCAUAAGACCUCAUGUCACGCUUUUGAGAGUACUAAUAAUGGAUAAGACUAGUUUCUGCUACAUUAGGGUGAUGAAAAGGAUGCUAUAGUGCACUUCGUGUUGGAAUUAUUUCACAUCUAUAUAUAUAUGUUAACUACC